AGUGGCUAGGAGGAUUUGAAAGGCAUUAUGGAAUUAAGAUUUCCCAGGUUUAGCCAAGGCUUAGCUCAGGACCCCACUACUCGUCGUAUUUGGUUUGGUAUUGCUACCGCACAUGAUUUCGAAAGUCAUGAUGAUAUUACUGAGGAACGUCUUUAUCAGAACAUUUUUGCUUCUCACUUUGGGCAGUUAGCAAUAAUCUUUCUAUGGACGUCCGGAAAUCUGUUUCAUGUAGCUUGGCAAGGAAAUUUUGAAUCAUGGAUACAGGAUCCUUUACACGUAAGACCUAUUGCUCAUGCCAUUUGGGAUCCUCAUUUUGGGCAACCCGCUGUGGAAGCCUUUACUCGAGGAGGUGCUGCCGGUCCAGUGAAUAUCGCUUAUUCUGGGGUUUAUCAGUGGUGGUAUACAAUUGGAUUGCGCACCAAUGAAGAUCUUUAUACUGGAGCUCUUUUUCUAUUAUUUCUUUCUACGCUAUCCUUAAUAGGGGGUUGGUUACAUCUACAACCCAAAUGGAAGCCAAGCCUUUCGUGGUUCAAAAACGCCGAAUCUCGUCUGAAUCAUCAUUUGUCAGGACUUUUCGGAGUAAGUUCUUUGGCUUGGACAGGACAUUUAGUUCAUGUUGCUAUUCCCGGAUCCAGGGGGGAGUACGUUCGAUGGAAUAAUUUCUUAGAUGUAUUACCCUAUCCCCAGGGGUUGGGUCCCCUUCUGACGGGUCAGUGGAAUCUUUAUGCCCAAAAUCCUGAUUCGAGUAAUCAUUUAUUUGGUACCACUCAAGGAGCGGGAACUGCCAUUCUGACCCUUCUUGGGGGAUUCCAUCCACAAACACAAAGUUUGUGGCUGACCGAUAUUGCUCAUCAUCAUUUAGCUAUUGCAUUUAUUUUUCUCAUUGCCGGUCAUAUGUAUCGAACUAACUUCGGAAUUGGGCACAGUAUCAAAGAUCUUUUAGAAGCACAUACUCCUCCGGGGGGUCGAUUAGGACGUGGGCAUAAAGGCCUUUAUGAUACAAUCAAUAAUUCGAUUCAUUUUCAAUUAGGCCUUGCUCUAGCUUCCUUAGGGGUUAUUACUUCCUUAGUAGCUCAACAUAUGUACUCUUUACCUGCUUAUGCAUUCAUAGCACAAGACUUUACUACUCAAGCUGCUUUAUAUACUCAUCACCAAUACAUUGCAGGGUUCAUCAUGACAGGGGCUUUUGCUCAUGGAGCUAUUUUUUUCAUUAGGGAUUACAAUCCGGAACAGAAUGAAGAUAAUGUAUUGGCAAGAAUGUUAGACCAUAAGGAAGCUAUCAUAUCUCAUUUAAGUUGGGCUAGCCUCUUCCUAGGAUUCCAUACCUUGGGCCUUUAUGUUCAUAACGACGUUAUGCUUGCUUUUGGUACUCCAGAAAAGCAAAUCUUGAUUGAACCUAUAUUUGCCCAAUGGAUACAAUCUGCUCAUGGUAAGACGACAUAUGGGUUCGAUAUACUCUUAUCUUCAACGAAUGGCCCCGCUUUCAAUGCAGGUCGAAACAUAUGGUUGCCCGGAUGGUUGAAUGCUGUUAAUGAGAAUAGUAAUUCGCUUUUCUUAACAAUAGGACCUGGGGAUUUCUUGGUUCAUCAUGCUAUUGCUCUAGGUUUGCAUACAACUACAUUGAUUUUAGUAAAGGGUGCUUUAGAUGCACGCGGUUCCAAAUUAAUGCCGGAUAAAAAGGAUUUCGGGUAUAGUUUUCCUUGCGACGGCCCAGGGCGCGGCGGUACUUGUGAUAUUUCUGCUUGGGACGCGUUUUAUUUGGCAGUUUUCUGGAUGUUAAAUACCAUUGGAUGGGUUACUUUUUAUUGGCAUUGGAAACACAUUACAUUAUGGCAGGGCAACGUUUCACAAUUUAAUGAAUCCUCCACUUAUUUGAUGGGAUGGUUAAGAGAUUACCUAUGGUUAAACUCUUCACAACUUAUUAAUGGAUAUAAUCCUUUUGGGAUGAAUAGUUUAUCAGUAUGGGCUUGGAUGUUCUUAUUUGGACAUCUUGUUUGGGCUACAGGAUUUAUGUUCUUAAUUUCCUGGCGUGGAUAUUGGCAGGAAUUAAUUGAGACUUUAGCAUGGGCUCAUGAACGGACACCUUUGGCUAAUUUAAUUCGCUGGAGAGAUAAGCCCGUGGCUCUUUCCAUUGUGCAAGCAAGAUUGGUCGGAUUAGCCCACUUUUCCGUGGGUUAUAUAUUCACUUAUGCAGCUUUCUUGAUUGCCUCAACAUCAGGCAAGUUUGGUUAAUUUAGUUAUUUUUUUUUGUACUGUAUCAGAACCCAGUUCAUUACUCUUGAUGGAGAGGGAGGAUCCGCCUUUUUAGAUUUUUGCUAUUUAUUUUUCUAUCUAGGAUUAGAACCAUAUACUUGGUAAUAAUAGGAACGGCACAUUAUGGCAAAAAAAAGUUUGAUUCAGAGGGAGAAGAAGCGGCAGAAAUUAGAACAAAAAUAUCAUUUGAUUCGUCGAUCCUCAAAAAAAAAGAUAAGAAGCAAAGUUUCCCCUUUGAGUUUGAG